AUUUCUUCGUACUGCAUUUCGCUGGAAAUGCAUGUUGUGCGUGAUGCACUUCUACUAAUUAACUCCGAGGAAAUGCAUACCGUAUUCUACGGGUCAGAUUCUGUUCUCGGGAUUUCAAAAAUCACCGCGGGCCCUUGCACGUUAAAGCGCCGCGUAUACGCUCUUAAUCGUUGUUACGUUACUGUCCGUGAAACUUCGGCUUUCCCAGUUCGCGCUCAACAUCUCGCAGUCACGAAAGUACCGGCUCCGUUCGCGCGUGAUCGAGUACUCGUCAGGAGUACAGCUUCCGCUAGCGACCGCGCAGGACACCAUUCUAGGACGUUGCAGCACGUGCGUUACGACAAAGAUCACGGUCAGCGGCGCAGUAGCAGCGAUAGCUCUUUAUCCCGUCUUUUUUAUUUACGAGAGGCUUUCUAUUGAUUUACCUCCGAUAUGGCCGCGGCAAGUUCGUCAAAGACAGCAGCCGACGAGACACAGCAAGAGGAUCAUAUUUGGAUAGAACUGAAAUUGCUAGAGUCACUCGUGAUGCAAAGCAGAUUGGGCCAGAGUAUACUAAGACUCGCGGACAAGUUCUUGUGGACCGUAGAGAAGUGUGCGGAAUGGAGCCUACCUAGACAAGACGUUAGCGAAGAUGGGAAAGACUCGGGCAAACCGAAACUCGUGAGACCACUGCCGUGGCUCUUGUUCUUGCCGAGCUUAGUGAUGCUGCGUACAAUCAGAGUGACAGGGAAUAUAGGUGUUUACAUAUUGGGUUACCCUGCAAUAACGCCGAGUGAAAUGGUAAAACUCGUGCAGAAAUCUCGUAGGUAUCUGAAUGCCACAAUGAAGAAAGGGAUGAAAGAGAGGUGCGAGGUCAAGGACAAGAGACCGUCGAUGAACGAGGCCAAGAAGGCCCUGAUCAGGUCCAUUCGUCUGACUUUGUCGAGCUUAUCCUGCCUGGACGCAUCCAAACCCUCUCUGUCACCACCGCCCACCAAAAUUUAUGUUAGUAGCGUCCUCGAUCCCGAUCCAGUAACAACGACAUCGGAAGAAAAGUCAGUGACGGAAUCGAUGGAUUCUACGGAAAAAUUAAAAGACUCCUCGAGCGAAUCGGAGGAAGAGGAGAAGGAAGAGACUCUGGAUGAGAAGAUCGAUCGACUCGCUUUGGAUAGUAGCGAGGGCGAUGAGGAUUUCGACCCGACCGGCGCGAACAGCGACGAGGACGACGACGACGAGGACGACGACGACGACGAGAAUAGCGACGACGGCAAUGUGUCCCCGAGUGAGAUUCGCGAAAUCAUUGAGGACACUUAUGUACCACUGUCAGCCAACAAAAACCUGAAGCAGCAAACCGAGUGCUUUUUGAAUUCCGAGAAGAUUUGCGCGCUGGAUUCCAAGCAGGAAUCCGACCAGCCGGUUUGCGAGAAGAGAUCGUCGGCCAAGGAGAGCCGCGAUAAGGCAGAAGAGCGCCUCGCGACUUCGAAGCGUCGCGACUCGCCAGAGUGUUAUACGCCCGACAGAUCCAGUCAGGAAGGCGAUCCGACCUUCUACUCGCCGAUCAGCUCGGACAGCGACGCGCCGAAGGAGUCAUCGGUGCCGAUCGCCGAACAAUGUCCCGCAAGAAAAGUCGUAAAGACAAAAGAGCUUAUCAAUGGCGAAGCACGUUUCAUUCCAGCAUCAACGAUUGCAGAAUCGAAAUCAUCGGCCAGACGAGCCAACAACGGUGCGGUGGUGGAGAAGCGCAGUACAAACGUGAGUAAAUGUCACAAGGGUAAGCGCACGAGUCACGGCAGUCGCAAGAAAAAGUAGUCAAUUAACAAAAAGCAAAACAAAAGAGAGAGAUAGAGAAAGAUAGAUAGAUAGAUAGAGAGAAGGGGGGAGAGGAGGGGGGAGGAAACAGAGAACGAAAGCUUUCCUUCGAGACAACAGAUCACUAUCAAGUGAUACAAUAUCGCGCCGAUAUCGAACGUCAUUGACAGUUACGCAAUUGUUGAGGAUUAAACGUGAUUCCGAAUAAAAGAUAUUUGUCCGUCGUCAAGAUAUAGCAAAGAUAUCAGGUUAUCAAGACAUAUAUUCGAGCUCGUAUAAAAGAUCCCCGAGUCAUCGUGUGGUCGCUCGUCAAUUAUUGCUCUCGAAAAAUCGUUCGAAUUAAGAUGCUCGCAGAUAUUUCGUCGAAUCUUAGGCGCUCGCGUUUCCCCGAUGAGUGAUUUCGCCCGAGUUGUAACUGUCCAAAGUAUAAACUGAUCCAAAGUACGUCGUCGUCGUGUUAACACUCGAGCGUAAUCAUGCUUCUCUCUAUAAAAAUGUAAAAUAAUUAUAAUUAUAGUAAAGUAAUUAGGUAUAGUUUUCGCACGAUGCGAUAAAGCGGAUACAGGAAGAAAUAAUAAGUUCUCUAAUUCCUGAAUCGGCCUAAAUUGACGCGUUCACUCAAGAAUAACGCCUAUAUACUAUCGGGAUACCAUAGACGGAGGAUUAAUUGGACGAUCGCUGAUUUCGAAAUGAUUCGCAAUUAUUCCGAAAUAUACGCAGGAUGUUUCUCCAUAUGGAUGGUUGAUCUUUUUUUUCCCCCGAAUCCGGUUGAGAGCGAUAAGCUUGACGACGGGAACCUAAUUGUGGACAGGCGGAUGUAAGCGGAUGUAAGCAUCUAAAUCGCGGCGGUGCGUUCAAAGUGCGCAGACAUUAUCGUAUUUAGACGAAACAUUGCGUCUGUCUCGACAAUUACGUAAUUGCGAUCAUGAAUUAAAUGUUGUUUCUCCGAUACGAUAGUGCAAAACGCAGCGCGUGCGAAAACAUAUAUGGCUAAAGUUUGCGUGUUAUCACCGCAAAACGCUGUUAAACUGAUUCUUUUUGGACAUAUACUCGUUUGUGUAUAUAACAACAUUCGUUACAUCUGAUCGUUAUAUCUCAUAAAUGAGCUGUGAAUCGAUAUAACGGUAGAAGUCAGCCAAAAAAUUCAAUUUUCAUCGACGCGCAUAUUUGUAUAAUCUUGUAUUAUAUGCAAACUUUAAAUAUUUACGUUAUACUAUAGAAGAAAGACUAUAUGUUAAGGUUAGCUGUAUAGACAAACAUUAUUGUUUAAAUAACUAAGUGUCUGGAUCGACCGUGGAGUGUUGCCAACAAUUAAGAUACGAAAAUAUCAACAUGGUCUUUAAAGAACCUUGAUGCUUGAUAAAUAAUCUUAUAAAAAAUAUGUAAAUCAAUUCUUAGUUUACGCAAACUGCGCGCCGCAUAAUUGUCGGUCUUUAAAACGCAACUUUGAACCGAAUAGUACGUAAUAUCACAAUUAAAUUGCCAAGGCAAUCUAAUAAUUCGAUGCUUAUAUAGCGUCUAUUUUAAAUCCUGUAAAGAUAACUUAUUGCAAAAAAUAUUUAUAUCCUGGCUGAGGUAAUAUUUUUCAUAAUUAUGAUAUUACGUGCUAUUCGAUUCGAAGUUGGUCGUUUUAAAGACCGACGAUUAUGUGGCGCGCAGUUUGCAUGAACUAAGAAUUGUAUUAAAAAGUCAUUGUAUUAUAGAGAUUAUCAAGCACCAAAAUCCGCUUUGUUGGCAUUUUCGUGUCUUAUUAACUUUUUAAAAUUAGUCUUUUAUUUAAGUUAUAAUUAUGAAGAAUAUAUUCAUUUUGAAUGAUAAAAAUAUUUAGCGCCAUCGUUUAUGUAUGUAUAUUCCUUUUCAAUCGAUCGCAUUUCUCAAUCAAUGAUGAUCACACAUGGAAGCGAAAUAAUUAUUAUCACGCUUAUUCACUCUCUAGUAUCAUCGGUUUAUGUCUGUAAUUUUUAUUAUUUUUAUUCUGAUCAUCAGAAUGCAAAAUAUGCGCAAAGGUCGGCGGCGAUGUAUAAUUUAUAAAAUGUAUAAUUUAUAAUCUCUAAUUAAGAUAUAACGAAUUAUAAUUUCUUCCUUUCUUGUAAAUGUUGAUAAUAUUUAACAGACAUCGUUUUAUAUUGUUGUUACUAAAUGUAGACACUGUUGAUCUUAAUAAAUUAUUUAACCGUACAAA